AUGAUUAGCAGCUCAUCCAGCCCAGCUGGGUUCUAUUUGGACAGCUCCCCCCUUCUGUCCCUGGACUCCAGCGUCUUCUACACCGAGACCCCAUCUGUUUGCAGUGACUCACAGGACUUCUUCAUUGUCAAUGUUGGCGGUGACCGCUACGUUUUCUCCCAGGAGCAGCUGGCCCCCCACCCAGAGACCCGACUGGGCAAGCUGGCCCUGUCCACAUGGGACUGUGCCCUGGAGCUCUGCGACGAUGCUGACUUCCUGGGGAACGAGUUCUUUUUCGACCGCAGCUCACAGACCUUCCAGUAUGUGAUGAACUUCUAUCGCACUGGCCACCUGCAUGUACGGGAGGAGCUGUGUGUGCUCUCCUUCCUGCAGGAGAUUGAGUACUGGGGCAUUGAUGAGCUCCGCAUUGAUCCCUGCUGCCGCGACUUCUACUACCGCCGCAAGGCGCUCAAAGAGAGCCUGGACGUCAACGAGGUGGAGGACGAUGCAAGUGAGGACGAAGACUUUAAUGGCGCUGCUUGCCCAGGUCUCCGGAGGCGCCUGUGGGAACUGUUGCAGAAGCCUGAGUCGUCGCGGGCUGCUCGCACCUUCAGCAUGUUGUCCGUCACGUUCGUGCUGGUGUCCAUUGUCAACAUGACGCUCAUCUCGCUCUACCUGGGGGGUGUGGGCAGCGAGAGCGGGGGUGCUGACGGCGGUACGCCUUUCCUCAUGGAUGCGCUGGAGCAUGUGUGUGUGGCGUGGUUCACCGGCGAGCUGGCGCUGCGGUUCGCCUGUGUGCGCAACAAGUGGCGCUUCACGCAUAGCGUUCCCAAUGUGAUCGACCUGCUGUCCGUCCUGCCUUUCUACGUGACACUGGCGGUGGAGAGCCUGCCGGGUGGCUCCACGGAGCUGGAGAACAUGGGCCGUGGGGUUCAGGUGCUGCGGCUCAUGAGGUCCCUACGCAUGCUCAAACUGGGUCGCCACUCUAUAGGCCUACAGUCCCUGGGUCUGACCAUCACUCAGUGUUACGAGGAGGUGGGUCUCCUUGUCCUUUUCCUCUCCGUAGGCAUCUCCAUCUUUGCCACAGUGGAGUUUGCCCUGGAGCACGAUAUCCCUGGCACCACCUUCAGUAGCGUGCCCUGUGCAUGGUGGUGGGCUACGACCUCUAUGACCACAGUGGGCUACGGGGACGUCCACCCAGACACCACUCUGGGCAAGGUGCUGGCCUGUCUCUGCAUCCUGUCUGGCAUCCUCCUCUUGGCACUGCCCAUCGCAAUAAUCAACGAUCGUUUCUCUGCCUGCUACUUCACCCUAAAGAUAAAAGAGGCUGCACUGCGGCAUGCGGAGGCACUCAAGAGGCUUGCAUGGGGUUCGCUGGGUGACGUGGUGGUGGACGGGGCAGGAGAGGGAGGACGGGUGAACCUGAGGGAUGCUUAUGCCAGGAGUGUGAUGGAGAUGCUAAGGCUUCAAGGGAGGAGAAGGACUAGCACGCAGAGUAGUGGAAGGGACGAGCUCUGGUGGUAGUGUGGAGGAAGGAACACAAGGGCUGCUGUGGAGGAAACAAUCUGCACAAUAUAUAAUAUAGGAGAUUCAGUUAAGGCCAA